AUGAAAAUGGAGUUGGAGUUUUGUUGGAUGAUUUUCACAGCAUUAAUAAGUGUUUUUGUUGCAACAUGGUGGCUUCUGAAGAGAGCAAAUGAGUGGUUCUAUGUGAGCAGGCUUGGUGAGAAGCAACAGGCUCUCCCUCCAGGUGAUAUGGGUUGGCCUUUGAUUGGAAAUAUGUGGUCAUUUCUCAUUGCUUUCAAACAUGGCAACCCUGACUCGUUCAUUUCCAGCUUUGUUACAAGACAAAUCUUAAUGGAUGACAAAAGAUUCAAAAAUGGCUGGCCUAAAGUCACCCAUCAAUUGCUUGGGAGAAGAUCAUUUGUGGGACUUUCAGAUCAGGAACACAGGCGCCUGCGCAAGCUAACUGCAGCACCAAUCAAUGGACGCAAAGCUCUAACCAUCGGCGAAAGCGACCCAAUUAUAGACACUUUGGAGAAGCUGUAUAGUGACUUGAAUUGUGGGAUAAGAGCUAUGACCAUUAACCUCCCUGGUUUUGCUUAUCAUGAAGCACUCAAGGCGCGAAAGAAGUUGGUGAGGAUUCUUCAAGCUAUUCUAGAUGGAAGGAGGACAAGAAAGAAUGGUGAUUUAUCCGAGUCAGAGACACACAAAGAUAUGAUGGAUAUGCUAAUAGAAAUCGAAGAUGAAAACGGUAAAAAAAUGGAUGAUGAGGAGAUCAUAGACUUAAUCCUUGUGUAUUUAAAUGCUGGCCAUGAGUCUUCUGCCCAUGCCACAAUGUGGGCAGUUCUCUUCCUAGAAGAACAUCCAGAAUAUUUCAACCAAGCUAAGGCAGAACAGGAGGAGAUAGUAAGAAGAAGACCAUCAACAGAAAAAGGACUGAGCUUCCAAGAAAUAAAACAGAUGGAAUAUCUUCCCAGGGUAAUUGAUGAAACAUUGCGUGUGAGGAAUAUCUCAUUGUUUACUUUCCGAGAAGCAAAAUGUGAUGCUAAUCUUGGUGGUUACAUCAUACCCCAAGGUUGGAAAGUAUUGGUUUGGUUUAGAGCUGUCCAUUUGGAUUCAGAAAAUUAUCCGAACCCUAAUGAAUUCAAUCCUUGGAGAUGGAAUGCUGGAACGAUUCAAUCCAAGGUGCAGGUUGAGAUAUCUACCUCAUACGAGGCCCACAGACAAUUGCCUCGCAAAAAUCAGAAAAAUCACAUGAAAGAAUUGCAUAAAAUUUCCGUAGACACCAAGCAUCAUCUUGAUGCGAGUAUGGAUCAGGAAAUUCGCUGA